AAUUCAAGGGCGUCGAGGGUUCGAAUGGGAUGGUACACAUGAGAUCCGCCGCCGGUAAGGUGGAAGUGCCAAACUAGGUGUACGUGAGAGCCGUCCUGAGAUUCUUCUUUUUGCUCUGCUUGGUUCGAACUUCUUUGCCAGGAAAGGUUAAAACGGUUGCGUAGCGCGAAGACCAGGUCUUUGGGAUAACCUAGGCGAUCUCGAAAAUGAAAGGUUGCACUCAGAUUAGGCUAUAAGAGAAGUGUUUCCUUUGAUAGCGACGUCACCCUCGUGUCGAACCAAUAGCGCGUAGGGAAUAUUGUUUUUUUUUUUUCUGUAUAUAAAGUAACAGCCCUUGAGCUUAUUGUUUCAGACGUCAGCUCGCAAUUCUAGGACGAGGUCGCUUGGAAUUUUUGCUGCUGCUGACUACAGCAUUGAUGUUGACUCCCGCAGUUUUCGCUGUGCUGCUCUUGGCGGCAGCCGCCAUGGCGGAUGACGUGAAAUCCACGACAAGCACCACGACCGCGACCACUCAGUUGGCUCCUAGCGCCGAUUCGGAUGGGGACAUUGUGGUGUGGCGCUACGGCGAACAACGGCCUCCCAACUGGCCCCCGGGGAACUUCCGCCGGCCGUAUCCGGACAUCGUCGACCCUGGGUUUGCGCCCGACUACUACAAGAGGUUCAGGGUUCCCCAAGUUCCGAACAGCCAGUCCGGGAAACCCCAUCCCGAGUUCAAGCUCGUCCACGUGAACCUUUCCGAAAUACUUUCCGAAGAUCAGUCUCCCGAGAACGACACAUCCCAGACGUCCGAGACCAGUUCCAGUAAAAAUGGGACUCUCGAAGUCCAAGACGUCCCCGGCGCAGUCACCGAACCAAUCGUGAGACCACCUCCUAUUCGCAUACCGGUCGAUCCGGGAUUCUCACCAGACUUCUACCGGAGACUACGAGAGGCCAUGGCACGUAAAACGGAGCCUGAAGGAAGUGUAGAUUUUAACGAGACGAAAGCAGAGACGGCGUCAGAGUCAACCUCAUUGCAGGAUAAAUCGCAGAGAGUGCGGCGGCAAGCCACAGCAACUCCAGCUCAAGGGCCCUCCAGGACAAGUACUGCGUCUCCACUCAACGGACUGUUUGACCUUACUAAUUUGCCAUCACGGAUCCUCGAGCGAUUGCCUUCGGGCAUUAUCGACCCAGGCUUCGCGCCCAACGCAUUCGACAGGUUCUUGCAGGGGCUCCGCAACAAUCAGCAGCACCAGCAGCAAGGGCAACAAGUGUCCGCUACCCAGGCCCCGAGGUUAUACCCGGACCUCGAGGGAGAAAAGCUUAACCCUGGCGCACCUGCUGCGGGUGGACAGCAUGGGCAGGCCGGAACCCAGCGGCCUCUUCUGGGUAUCAUCGACCAGAACGCCUUCGACAAGUUGAUGCAGGGACUGCGCAACCUUCAGCCUCAACAGCAGGGACAGCAAGCCACUCGAGCUGAGGUCGAGGGCACAAACCUCGACGCUCGUACUUUGGCCAACGCGGGACAGAAUACGCAAGGCGGCAGUCAGCGGCCUCUUCUGGGUAUCAUCGACCAGAACGCCUUCGACAAGUUGAUGCAGGGACUGCGCAACCUUCAGCCUCAACAGCAGGGACAACAAGCAACUCGAGCUGAGGUCGAGGGCACAAACCUCGACGCUCGUACUUUGGCCAACGCGGGACAGAAUACGCAAGGCAGCAGUCAGAGACUCCCCGAGGCGGCCAGAGAGAUGCUCCAGGGACUCGGACAGAUGGGCAGCGACAUACUCGAUCGUCUGAACGUGUACCGGAACGAGAACGCCUUCGCGGAAUUCCUGCAAAAUAUGCAUCAACCCGCGGCGUCCCGAGACAUUUUCACGAACUUGUUCCGAAGGGAACCGUCGACCUCCUAGACGCGUCCCGCGAGCACAGACUUGGUCGUUCGGACAGCGGCCAAGGGGGUCAAGCGAAGGUCAAGGCGAUCCGCGAGAGGUUUCUCCGUGGGUCAACCGGGGUCACCGGAGUUGCGCAUAAAACUUAAGAGUCCAGCGCUGAAGAUUGUGAUCGGCUAACCAGUUUUCGUCCGUCGAGCUCCGAUGCGCCGGAAAACAAGCGGGAAACAACAACAAAUACGCUAGCUCUCCAGGAGCAUAAAAAAACGUCAAUAAAAAAGACGAACCACGUU